UCCUGCGGGGGAACAUUUGUGAGGGGAUAACUGGCGGCGUAUGCAAAUACAGCGCUGUCGCCACGCCCCUCCGCUCACAAGAGCCGGCAGGAACAGCCUCGGUCGCCGAAGAGAUGAGGAGAGUAGCGGGCUCGAUGGACUCCCAGGCAGGGCACCGCGCCGAUUACUUCCGACGCACCAAGCCGUUCUGGAUGGUGGCGAUCCUGGCCGGCAUGAUCUACUACGGGUGGACAGUCUUGUCACCCUCAACAAUCCCCUACGGCUAUCUGGGACCAUUAGGCACCUUCACUAAAUAUUUGGUGGAGAACCAUAAAACUCUUUUAAAUACGGGAUAUUUCGUGGCCUGGCUAGUCCACAUCGGGGAAGCAUUAUAUGCCCUCAAGCUAUGCAAGUUGAAAGGCAUCACAGACCCUUCAACUCAGCAUAGGUGGUUGCUUCAAACAUUUCUCUUUGGAAUGGGAUCUCUCUACUAUUUGUUGGCCUACAACCCCCGGAAGAAAAGCUGGUGAAGGAUUCAGCCGGAAGAGAAGGUUUCAACACAUUCUAGCUUUGGGGUAUAUUUUUCAGCUAGAGGGAUGGAUGUAUUCCUAAAUAUUUUUUGUGCGUUCAAAAGUAUGGCAAUCUCUUUCACUUGGAGAAAUUGAAAGAGAAAUUUCUUUCAGACGUCUCCCCUGAAGGUUUUGCAGCUGUGGGCAAAGCGAUGAAACUAGCUUGUGACAAUGGGGGAUGGAGCCUUUCUUUUUAGAUCAAGGAAAUAAAGCCAGUUCUUAAUGGUCAGGACCAAAAGGCCAACACUCACAAGAUAUCUGCAUAGGACCAGUUUAAAAUACGGGUGACAAACAGAGCAAGUUUCUUGUUUGUAGCACAGAACAACCUAUACUGUAGUCUCUGCUUCUCUGGUCUGACAGUAGCCUUAUUCAUAAACUGAGCUGUAUAGAAGUGUGGUGAAGCAUCUUCCUCUGGGCCCAACCUGUGCCUGUCUGUUGCUCCCUGGUUUUGCCUGCAUCCAUGGCUGGAUUGUCCUCUGUGAUUGUAUGGAUAGUCCCCUUCAUUUAUGAGCCUCUUUCUCCUCUCCCCUGCCACCCUUUUACAAGUAAGGAUUGCAGAUUAAGCAGGUCUGUGAGCACUGACCUCUACAUGCAGCUGCACUAUGUCCAGGGUGUAGCUGUGACUGGGAGGCAAGGUGGCAUUUUCAUUUGCACCAUAGACCAAUAGGGCUAAUGCUACUUCAUUAGUACUUUCAGUGCUUCAUAAUAAUAAUAAUAAUAAUAAUAAUAAUAAUAAUAAUAAUAAUAAUAAAUACUAUUAAAAAAUAAUGUGCAGCAGUGCAGAUUAUCCUUGUUGGGCAUCCAGUUUUAGCAGGUGGCUUGGCUAACAUUUCUUCCCCUUUAUUGAGAAAUAAACCUCUUCUGUUCCUCACCCACCUUCCCACCCAGAGUUUCAACAGGGUUUAUCCACAAGUAGAUAUGGUCAGCAUUGCAUCCUGAGCAUCUUGCAAUCUUUCUCCACAAACUCUGCCACCACCCCUCUGAUUUAUAAUGGUCUACCAGCAGGUUUUGCUCUUACGUUUUCUUGGUGCUCUCUUAACAACCUGCAUGCAUUGCAAAGCACUUUAGUUAAUAACCGUGGCACCAAACUCUUGGGCAUGGUGCAAGCUUUUAUUGACGUACAAAAGGCUACGAGAGAGAAAGCUGUGAUCGCAUAAGAACUGCAGUCAAGACCAAGAAACCCCACUGGGGCAGUUUUAUUUCUCAGAGAUCCAACUUGCUGUUAAAAGGUAGUUUUAUAUUACAUGCCUUAAAUUCUUUAGGUGAAGAUGCCCUCCCCCCCCCCCAGAAAUACAUCAAAGCAGCUCUACUAGUUUCAAUCUGGGAGAAGGCUUUGAUAGAGCUUUCAUUAGGUGUUCCUCAUCCAAGCUGUGGGGAAGGUUUAGAAACCACAUUUGGAGGAAGUAGUUAUCAGAUGAGUGGGUGUCUUAAUUCAUAGACGUGUUGGCCAAUCUGUUUAGUAUCUGUAGUAUCUGUUUAGCAUCUCUUUAGAAGCCUACAUGUUAUGCAAUGCCACCACCCAGAUCUGAGAAAGAAAAUUUACUGGUGCAGUUUUUCCCUGGCAUGGCAUUGCUUGGCAAGGUGAAGUGUUUUACAAGAUUUUACCCUCUCUAGAGAGACUUUUCACUAGUGUAAGCUCGGGAGCAGAACGAGGGUGAGAAGCAAAGGGCACCAGCACGGAGCUUGAAUAAACACCUCCACCCCACCAACUUUUUAGCAUUUUGUAUUAGUGCAGUGCAUUUUUACUGUAGUACAUGCCAUUGUCAUGUUGGUGCAGGAGGCAGGUCCACUGAUUCUGUGCCUGAGCAAAUAUAUAAAGGUUAGGACUCUCUGCCACAUUAGACCAUAGGUCUUGCCUUUGGUUUGGGCUUUUAAUUCUUUUGUUGAUUUCUGCUGAAAUGCCCUAUAAUGUCUUUCAAACUCUGUGUCUCAUUUGGAUUUAUUUCCAGGCAGCUCUUAAGAACACUGCUCCACAUAGUUUUAGCUGAGCAUUUUGCCUUAGUGCUUGAGAACCCUGCAUAUUCCCACAUGCUUUUUGUAUUGAGAAUCACCUCUUUAACAUAUUCCAUUUUACCUGGGUUUUGUCUGGAUGUUUAAAGGUAGCUUUUGCUGUUCUUUUUACUGUUAAUGCUUGAAGGGAAACAUGGCAAGCUGUUUGACUGUUGCAUCUUGUGGUAAAAAUGUGACCUAAGAUAGGGUGCUUAAUUGGUAUAAUGCUGCAUUUUGAGUUGAUAAUGUCCGAGACCUGUCUCACUGCUGGCCUUGAAUAAAGCUAAUAAUACUCUCUAAAAUAUCACACAUAUCCUGAAAUUGUUACAAAGGAUGGGGUGGUAGUUUCACAUCCUUAAAGCAGGGGUGCCAAAACACAAAGUAUAGGGCUCCCUAAGGAUUCCUAAUGGAGCACGGGUUUCCGCAACCACCUUCUAGGAAAUUUUGAACAGUAAUCAGGCCUUAAUAGGAUGAAAGGGGUUGACUCAACAAUGCCUGCUUUUGUGUGUCAUCGUAUCGAGUUCUUUCCUCAAUUUCCUCUCAGUCUGCAGCAGGAAUCCUAAGGAGUUGGUGAGGAAAUGCACUUGGGCAUCCCAGGAACACAGCCAGAUAAUGUGUACAAGUGUGCAUGUGUAUACAUACACAAACAUGUUGUUCUUGCAAUCAUACUACAAUUUGUUAAGAGCAAACGACUUCCCAAAGCAGGUGCAACCAUUUUGGAUUACUUUCAUUGUAGUGUCUGACUUGCGGCAGAAUGUAACUCUUGCCCAUUUGCCAAAUUGGGAAUUGGACAUUCCCAUCCCUGUCCUAUAGAGUGAGUAUAGACAGGCCUGCCCUGAUCUCUGAAGCAAAUCUCUCCCUUCUCCUAAGACUGCAUUGAUUUUGACUAGGGAAGGGGGGGGGAACUGUUUGUGUGAGUGCAUGUGUGACAGUAUAAGGUGGUCAUAUCCACUUUUGUCCAUAACCCGCCACUGGCAUGUUACCCCCAGAGGUUGACAAAGGGUGAUGCGACAAAAUUGUGCAUUGCCCUUGCUGGAGAAUAUGCAGGAAUCAGUCUUUGCUUCUAACUGGCCUGAGAACAUAUUGUCCACAACGGAAUGCCCAGUCAGUUUAUAUAUGGAGUUUAACAGUAGCCCUGUAAAGGACAAUCUCUCCUCAAGCCAACAUUAAGCGUAAAAAAAAGAAAAAAAAGAUUAACAACACAACACACCAGACAUUAAAAAUAGCAGUAGAUAUGUUUGGAAACCAGACUAAAGAAAGAUUUGAAAGUGCUCUGAAAAAAUGUGGCUUGACUUGCCUGUGAAAAAGUGGGAGGGAAGAGGUCAAGGUAAACUUCUGGGAACAUAAUGUCAUUGUCUCUCGGCACCAGCACAGAAAAGCCGUCAUCUUUUUCAGCUGCCUGCAGGAAUUCAUUGCAUACAAGGACAUUUUGGAAUGUGCAUAUUAAAUGGUUGUUUAAUGUUAUAUGCAGGAUGAUACUUGGGUAGAUAUCAGGAGCAGCGCAAGCCAUUUCGCUAGCUGAGGCAAAGGACAUGAUGGUGCAUUUCCCGAUUUUGUGCGCAAAAUCUGAUUAGGCUGGUAACUGAAUUUUCAGCACUGGUGAUGGGGCAGAGUCCUCCACUGCACACCAGGGCAGCAGAAUAGCAUAGGGAGUGCAGGGCAGAAAACAUGGCAGGCCUUUUGGGCCUCUUUCUGCCCCUCAGAAUUUGUCACCUGAGGCAGCUGCCUCACAGAAGGGUAGGAAACCCUGGGAGCAGGCAGUUUAUAGUAGUUUCUAAUGUUCUGACAAACCUAAGCCUUGAUGAGCUUCCAGUGUACCAUUCAGUCCAGAGAGGGAAGGGAUGACGAUGGGAUGAGGGAUGGUAACUAGGGGAAUGUGCGUCCUUUUUGGAGGGAGAACAUGGAACCCCCCAGCAGCUCCUGGGAUGCCAGUUUCUUCUCCCAGGGCCUUCCACAGGAUAAUGAGCUGAAGGGACUCGCCUGUGGAGGUGCCCCCUCUCACUUUGCCCACUAGGAAGGAGAUCUUGUCAUUUCUCAAUACUGUAGAAGACAAGGCAUUGGCAACUGUUCCCAUCCAUUUGCUCCUCUUAUCUUUCGCCGUGCCCCACCCCGAAACUCACGCCAGUUGAGGAGGCAAGUGUCAGGAGAACUUCCCACUGUACCUGUUCUAAUUGGCACAAAAUUCCCAUGUAGACAUGGAUGCACAUUAAGCCGAAAAUUGUAGAGGCCAAGUGCACAUAGGGCCUUUUCUCCCUCCAAUGGCAGAUAGAUUCAAAGGCCAUUCAGGAAUGCCAGAGGAUACCAUAUUGUCUCGAAUAUAAGCCGCACCUUUAAAAUUGGAGGAGGGAAAGAAAAGAAAAAAGGAAAAAUACCCGAAUAUAAACCGCUGCAUUCCUGGCUGCAUACUGGGGGCGCUCUCCCUUCCUGGCCCUGGGGGAGAGGAUGGGGGACUAUGCGUGGGGCGGGCGCCGCUUUGCCUUACUCCUGGUGCUGUUUGCUCCUAGCUGCAUACCAUAAGGUUGUGAAUAUAAGCUGCACUUUAACUUUUCAUGGUCAGAAUUGGGGGGGGGGGAGUGAGGCUUAUAUUCAGACCAAUACGGUAAUUCUAGACUUGCAUUCCAUGAGGCGUGAGGGACUGUAGGCAAAUAUAGGCUCCCUACCCAUACACAGUGGUACC